GUCUACACGAUGCAUUGGCGAGACAAAUUCGUGAUACGGGUUCGAUGAUAACAAAAAAUAAAUUCGGCUCAAAUUAAAAAAAAAAGUAAUAAUAAUAAUUAGGUGUAAAAUAGAAAUAGGGCUUCGCGUGAUUAGGCCCUCCGGCGACGUUCAAGUGUAAAGUUUAACGUUUAUAUCAUGAUUUAACAGCGACAGAAUUAUUAACAAUCAUGUCGGUUAUGAAUAGAAUCCGUAAAAACGUACCACACAUUAAACGCAACGUCGAACUCCUGUUCAACAACACCGGUCAGUGUGUCAAAGUCAUAUCGUGCACGUUGUGCAUAUGCUAUUUUUUUUCGUUUUUCGAAAAGAGCAAAGUGAUAUUCGGUGUCACGCCCGGCUACGUGUUUCCGCCGUCGUUUUGGUUAUGGACACCGUUCACGUUCUGUUUCUUCGAGUCGCACCUUUGGCAAGUGUUACUAGACAUUGCCGUUGUAGCCGUAUGUGGUAAACUCAUUGAACCGCUUUGGGGUGAGCUGCAGCUGCUCGUAUUCUUUGCCAUCGUCAAUAUAGGAGUCGGCCUGUCGUGCGCAGUAUUCUAUUACAUACUCUACAUAUUCUACACGUCCACACUUCUACUGUUUGAAGUACACAUACACGGCCUGGCCGGAUACUUGGCUGGCGUUACAGUUGCGGUCAAACAAAUAAUGCCCGACAGUCCAGUCCUAGACACACCUGUUGGCCGUAUAACCAAUCGCAAUAUGCCGUUGUACUCGGUGUUCAUAUCGUUAGUUCUUUGGAUCGUUGGGUUAGUUGAUGGCACCAAACCUACUAUGGUAAUCAGUGGCGUGUUGACUAGUUGGACUUAUUUAAGGUUCUAUCAAAGACACUCAAACGGGACAAGGGGUGAUAUGGCAGAUAAUUUCUCAUUUGCAAAUUUUUUUCCAGUUGUUGUUCAACCACCUAUUUCUGUUUUGUCAAAUUCAAUAUACGGUAUGCUAGUAAAAGCUGGUAUAUGCAGAAAGACUGUACGGAGAGUCGAUAUAGCUAGUGCACCCACUGGUAUUACAGUCGUGCUACCUGGUAUAAGAUCUCAUGAUAUGGAUAGAAGAAAAUUGUUAGCGUUAAAAGCCCUUAAUAAUCGAUUAGUAGAUAAUACCAAAGAAGCAGCUAAGCCUAAUAACGUGGAUGCUGAAAAAAAAGAUUCUGUAGUUAUAUCUAUUGGCGAUAAUGAACUUGCAGCACAAACGUCAUUAUUAAACAAUUCAAUGGCUCCAAAUAAAAUGACGUAGAACAAUAACUUUUCCAUCAACAACAACUAAUCCAAAGAAUUAUCCGUCGCCUUAUUAAUUUACAAUAUAAUAUGCAACACAUACACAUAAACUUGACUUAAUUGUAAUGUGUAUAAAUAUAUAUAUUGUAAAUAUUAAACAUGUUUAUAUUGUACAUAGGUAAAUAUUUGGUAAUUUAAUCAUUUGUAACUAAAUUUUAUUUAUAUAUGUUAUAAAACCUAUUCCUUUAAAAGGUUUUAAUAUAGUUAUUUUUAA